UAUCAUCCAACAAAAUCAACCCAAAAAAUUAGAUCAGAUACCAAUAUGGUCAAUUGGGAAGUUUUUCGAAAAUUGGAUCAAGACUAUAUUAGAAAGGCCCAUAAACUAGGAUUUAAUGUACAUAGAAUUGUCACAUGUUCAAAUAAUUUAGGCACACAGAUUUCAAAUGAUAAUACAACAAUGCUUUCAGUACCUCCGGAAAUCAUGGUUAAUUCAUCGUUAUCUUCUACGAAUUCUAUGACUUCGAUUUCAACGAUGCCGAUUUGGGAUGACAAUAACCAUUGGUUUUUCAUGAAUGACGGAACUGGUACUGAGUCUGAACCUGGGUCAACAUUACCUUACCUCAAUUCAU